GAGGGAGGAAGGAGGGAGGAAGGAAGGAGGGCGGGCGGCGCUGCCGCUGCCGCGGCGCCAUGGAGCUGGCGGGGGCCCUGCAGCUUGGGGAGCUGGCGGCCGCCUUCGCCGCCCUGCCCGUCUUCCCGCUCUUCGACACGGCCUAUUUCAUCGUCUCCGUCCUCUACCUCAAGUACGAGCCGGGAGCCGUGGAGAUGUCUCGGAAGAGCCCUUUUGCCUCCUGGCUUUGUGCCAUGCUCCACUGCUUUGGAAGUUACAUACUUGCUGAUCUGUUACUUGGAGAAUCACCUAUUGAUUACUUCAGUAACAACUCCAGUGUCAUCCUGGCCACAGCAGUCUGGUAUUUGAUAUUCUUCUGUCCCAUGAACCUCUUCUACAAGUGUGUUAGCUUUCUGCCCAUGAAGCUCAUCUUUGUGGCCAUGAAGGAGGUGGUCAGAGUUCGCAAAAUCGCCGCUGGGGUCCACCAUGCUCACCACCACUACCACCACGGGUGGUUCAUCAUGAUGGCUACUGGAUGGGUCAAAGGUUCUGGUGUUGCCUUGAUGUCCAACUUUGAGCAGCUGCUGCGUGGGGUCUGGAAGCCAGAAAAGAACGAAAUUCUUCAUAUGUCCUUCCCUACAAAGGCCAGUUUGUAUGGCACAAUCCUCUUCACUCUGCAACAAACCCACUGGCUCCCUAUCUCUGAAGCCAACCUCAUUUUCUUUUUCACCAUGUUCAUGAUAGUUUGCAAGGUUUUCAUGACAGCAACUCACUCUCAUGCCUCACCUUUCACUCCACUGGAAAACCUCAUCUGCCCAGUUUUCUUUGGCUCCGUUUCCAGUGGACACACAAGUCACCAUCACGAUCAGCACGGGGCCUCCCAUGAGGUUUCCCAUCCCCCGCCUCCUCCUGCCAAGUCAAAAGAGGAGCUGAAUGAAGGCUCAAGGAAAAGGAAAGCAAAAAAAGCUGAAUAAAAAAGCAACCACACAGCAAAUAGGCCAAGAAAAUUCUUCCAGAGCAGUCUCAAAGCCACCUGUGACCUCCUUGACCCUCCAGUCCUUCUCUCAGGCUCCAGAGGAGAAGCCAAGACGCUGCCAGGCGGGUCCCUGAAUUUCACUUGUGCUCUCUGUGCUGCUGCUUGCUUUUUGGUCUCUGUCUCUUCUGAUCAUAUUUUCAGGGAUUUGUAGGUUUGUGCCAGGAUGACAAGUGGGUGCCAGUUCCCAAGCUGUCAGCAAUUACGAAGCAGCAUUUUCAAUUGGUGUAAAAUCUUUCACUGUGUUUAUGAAUGGAGGUCAUGGCUUGUGCUCCUGCAGCUCCUAAGCUCCUUUGAGUUUUCAUUGCCCUUUUUGACGUCUGCCUAAACAGCAAACUGUUUAGACACAAUCAAUGUGGAAAUUGGAUUCCAGACUCAAGGAAUUAAAUGGUCUCAUAUGAGCCUGAUCUAAUUUCCCCUAGCUCUCACAUCUGCCAUAUCUCCAAUUAUUGUGACAUUUUAUAUGCAAUCAGGACAUAGACUCUGUUGUCCUGGCCAAACUCCAUUCUUCUCACCUGACUUCCCUCUGAUUCUUAAUGGAUAGGACAUUGUCACUUAAUUAAGCUUGUGUUUGCAAGAGCUUUGAAGCUGUGAAGUGCUCUGAGUGCAAUGUACUGGUACUGUUUUUAUUUUGAACUGUUAUGUUGCACGUUGUUUAAUAAUGUGUCCCACCUCAAACCUGAUCCUGUUUAACUAGGAAAGAAGCAUGGUUCUGGUUUGUGGGGUACAAGAAGGGUGUGUGAGUGUAAAUAAGUAUUUAUUACUAUUUAUUUAUAAUUGCCAGGGCACCUAAUUAAUGGACCUGAAACUGGCUUUUUAAAAACUCUGCAUCUUUGUGGAGAGAAAUGGAUGCUGCUAAGUCUAGUCCUAAGCCCACAGCUCCAUGCUGGCUGGUGCUGGGAGCAGUGGUUUUGGAGUGCUGAAGGACAGCCUGAACACUCCCUGGAUGCAGGAAGGAAGUUUCCUUAAUCCAGAUCUAAAGGCUGAAGAAGCAGGUUUCACACCAGCUGAUUAAAGCUACUUCAAAGGACUGACAAAAGCACCCCAGCUGAAGAGGUGGUUCUCCCUUGUAGGUCCCUUUCAGCCCAACUACUGUUCUGUGAAAGCAGCUUGUGCCAACAAGUCAAGAAUAUGAAAUACCUUGCAUGGCUCAGGGAGGAGUAUCAGCUCCUUCAUGUUCUGCUUGGUGAAUACUGCCUUUUAGACUACUUUGAAGCUGUUCUUAUAACUGAUUUUGUUCUAUAAAAUGUCACCUGAAAGGCCAGAACUCAUUCUGAGGGUUUUUUUAAUCACCAAGGGCUGGGGUCACUGUGGUGAAAAGGGCACAUGUGGCACUGGGCUUCCAGUCAGGCACCACGUUGCCCUCCCCAGCAGUGAGUUUGCUGCUGUCAUCUUGCGACUCCUGUAGAAAUAGGAAGACUGAAAAAAAAGCAUUUUUAUUUUUUUGUGUGUCCCUGUUCAGAAUUGAAACUGAUGGUUAAUUAAAAAAAUAAAUCUUGUCUACAAGCAGGUGAAAGCCAUUACAAAAGGUCAAAUGAUUUGUGGUUUUGACAGUGCCUUAAUUUUGUGAGUUUCCCUUCCCCUUCAGUAGAAAACAGGAAUUCUACCUGACAAUUUCACUGGCUGGUUUUGCAGAUCCUGGUCUACUGAAACCUGAUGUAUCACUAGCAUGCACAAGACUAAAUGUUUUCUGAGGUGUCUAAUUCAAGAGUAAUUUUGUUUUAUAAAAACCAUCGACAAAUAAAAAUGGUGAAGUGACUCUGAUUGUCCACUGGCA